AUGAUCCUUUAUCGUCCAUUUUCUGCUUUUCUCUUUCUGAAGUCCUUAUCUACUUUCUUCUUCUCACUUGAUUUCAUUUAUUUUUCUUUCUCUUUCCAUUCCACUCUCUCCGUUUUCCUGUUCCUCUUUCUUUCAUUCGCCUUACAUUCUUCUCUCUCCAUUUUCCUUUUCUUUCUUUCUUUCUUUCGUUCUUCUUUCUUUCUUUCUUUCUUUCUUGUCUCCCCAUUUUCCUUUUCUUUCCUUCUUUCUUUCUUUCUUUCUUUCUUUCUUGUCUCCUCAUUUUCCUUCUUUCUUUCUUUCUUUCUUUCUUUCUUUCUUUCUUUCUUUCUUUGUGCUUACAUUCUUGUCUCCCCAUUUUUCUUUUCUUUCUUUCUUUCUUUCUUUCUUUCUUUUCUCCCCAUUUUCCUUUUCUUUCUUUUUUUCUUUCUUGUCACCCAUUUUCCUUUUCUUUCUUUCUUUCUUUCUUUCUUUCUUUCUUUCUUUCUUUCUUUCUUUCUUUUCUUUUCUCCCCAUUUUCCUUUUCUUUCUUUCUUUCUUUCUUUCUUUCUUUGUGCUUACAUUCUUGUCUCCCCAUUUUCCUUUUCUUUCUUUCUUUCUUGUCUCCCCAUUUUCCUUUUCCGUCUUUUUUUCUUGUCUCCCCAUUUUUCUUUUUUUUCUUUCUUUCUUUCUUUCUUUCUUUCUUUCUUUCUUUCUUUCUUUCUUUCUUUCUUGUCUCCCCAUUUUCCUUUCCUUUCUUUCUUUCUUCUCCCUCCGUUUUCCUUUUUUUCUUUCUUUUUCAUUACAUUCUUCUCUCUUCAUUUUCUUUCUUGUUUUAUUCCUCGUUUCUCUUAUUCCUCAUAUGCAUCCUUCAUCCUGCCAUUGUCGUUUGCUUGCCUCAUCCUCUUCUGCCUCUCCAUUGUUACGCUUUCUUUUCACCUUUCCUUUUAUUUCUGUUUCUUCACUGAUUUUUAUUUACUUAACUCUCCUUCGAUUUUCUACUUUUCAUUCGAACUGGUUUCUUUUUCUUCAUUUUCUUCUUCCUCGUUUUCUGCCGUUCGUUUUUCUUUCUUUUCCUUUAUUUUUAUUCCCCUUUACUCGCAUAUUUUUUUCAGUUUUUUUCUUUUCUUUACAUUUUUGUCCCUCUCAUUUUCUUUCUCUUUUCUCUCUUUUCUUCGAUUUCUUCAUUCUGAAAAUAUUUUCUCUUCCUUAAUUUUCUUUCUUUUAUUUUCAUUUCUUUUCCUCUUCUUUUCCUAUUUCUUCAUUUUGAGAAUAUUUUUCUUCAUUUUCUGUCUCUCAUUCUCUUUUAUUCUUUCUUUGCCUUCCAUUUUUUAA